GAUUUUAAGCCAUGCCCUCAAAUUUGUGUAUAUAUAUGGAAGUCACAUGCCAGUACAUGGCAAAGCAAAAGUUUUGCAAAAUGGAAUUUCCUAUAGCAUUCAUGUUUACACUUUUUGCUGUGACAUUUUUAGUCUCAGGAGAAAGAUCAACUUACAUUGUUCACAUGGACAAGUCUUUCAUGCCCAAAGUUUAUUCUCACUACACACACUGGUAUUCCUCCACAGUUGAUUCCCUUAAAUCGAUUAGACCCACAUCAAAUGGUCAGCAUUCAAACCCACCAAACCUUGUUUAUACUUAUGACAAUGCAUUUCAUGGGUUCAGUGCUGUUUUGUCAGAACAAGAACUCGAACAUCUUAAGAAAUCACCAGGGUUUGUCUCAGCUUAUAAUGAUAAAGUUGUUACACUUGACACUACUCACACUUUUGAAUUCCUUUCUCUGAAUCCUUCCACGGGAUUAUGGCCUGCUUCUCAAUAUGGCAAAGAUGUAAUUGUUGGGGUGAUAGAUACCGGCGUCUGGCCAGAAAGUUUAAGCUACAAUGAUGAUGGAAUGGGGGAUAUUCCAGCAAGGUGGAAGGGAAUUUGUGAGGAGGGACAAGAAUUUAAUGCUUCAUUGUGUAACAAAAAGCUUAUCGGAGUCCGGUACUUCAACAAGGGAGUUAUAGCUGCAAAUCCAAAUACAACAUUGAGUAUGUAUUCUGGAAGGGAUACUCAAGGCCAUGGCACACACACAUCGUCUACCGUUGGCGGAAAUUACGUCGAGGGUGCUUCAGUUUUUGGUUAUGCCACGGGAACAGCACGAGGGAUGGCCCCACGUGCUCAUUUGGCGAUGUACAAGGUCCUUUGGGACGAAGGUCGAUAUGCUUCUGACGUUCUUGCUGGGAUGGACCAAGCUGUUGCUGAUGGUGUUGAUGUUAUAUCGAUUUCGAUGGGAUUCGAUGAAGUUCCUCUGUAUCAAGACCCUAUUGCAAUAGCCUCGUUUGGUGCAAUGGAGAAAGGUGUAAUUGUUUCCUCUUCAGCUGGAAAUGAACAUGAUAUUGGAAGUUUACACAAUGGAAUUCCUUGGGUUUUGACAGUUGCAGCAGGUUCGGUCGACCGGUUUUUUGCCGGAACAUUGACUCUAGGAAAUGGGAAGUCCAUCAAGGGAUGGAGUAUGUUCCCUGCACCAGCCCUGGUCAGGGAUGCAUCUCUUAUUUACAACAAAACAAUUUCUUCUUGUGAUUCAACCAAGGCAUUGUCUUCGGUUCGCCAAGGGAUAGUCAUAUGUGAAAAUGGCUCAUUCUAUGAUCAAGUUUCCUAUGUCUCAAAAUCAAAAGCUGUUGCUGGUAUCUUCAUCUCUGAUGAGACAUUUGAGGACAGUUUUUUUAACUUUCCGGGAGUUGUGAUCAGCUCCAAGGAUGCUUCAGUUCUCAUCAAUUAUGUCAGAAAAGGUGCAAGGCCUGUUGCCAGCAUCAAGUUCCAACAAACAUUUUUGGGG